AUGCCGAACAGUGGCCAGUCGGAAACAGUUGCUGAGACGGGAGAUGGUACAAUUGAAAAUCCUAUUACGUUUGAUGAUCCAUCUUCGAUCUUGACACCUGCCGCUUUAUCCAUGCAUGAGGAAAUGUUGCGCGCGCAGCAAAAGAAGAUCGAAAUGUUGCUAGAAGAACUGGCGAAAAGUCAAGCACACUUAAAACGAGAACAACAACUUAUACUCACUGCAAAAAAAGCACAACAUAGGCAUAUUCCUCUUCAGCAGCGUAUUCGUGAGCGGCAACGGGAAAAUGCUACAAAUCGAGAACGAGAACAGUGGUUGAGAGAACUUGACGUCGGCCACAUUAAUAAACAACACAUACAGCACUUCUUGCAACACAAAAAACAACAGGCCACUCUUCAGCGCCAUUCAAUGGAACAUAAUCGCUUGACGACAACCGAAGCUCGUCUUCAGGAAGAACUACACGUCGAGCAAGCCGUUCAAGACAUCGUUCGACUCAUCAAACAGGACCCCAGAACAGCACUACUUAUCGUUCAACUACUCAGAAGGUACCAGUUGGAAAGGAAUGCUGAGCAACAGCAGGCCAGUUCCCCCGAUACUGAUAAACUGUCACAGGUCAACUCACCUGCAUCAGCUGCACGUGAAUCACAGGCGAGAAAUACAUGUGAAGUAGAAUCGCAUAACUUCGAACAGCAAGCAAAUGUUAUUGAAAACGAUCAACAGUCUGUCGUUAUAUAUGACGCGUCUGGCAUCCAGUUGAAUCAUGAUCGGAUCAUUGUUUAUCAACAAAAUACUAAUGUCGUUCAAGAAGAAAAAUCACAAUCCGUUGACAUGGAAGAGAUCUUUAAAAGUGUACUUGAGGAUGCUUCGCGAGCUAUCAAUAAUGAUGUCACUGCAGCACAGGUACAGCUUUCCGAGAUGGAAAUGGAGGGCUCACUUAUACAAAACACCGAUCAACCUCAGCAAGAUGUUUCCCAUGCCAUGAUGAACGCUGAAUCUAACAUUGUGCAGCAACCAACAGUCAUGUUGAACAGUGCCCAGAACUGUGACCAGCAAACACACCAUGUUGGAUAUUCUCAAGACAUUGAAGACUUAAUGGCGGUGCUCCGAGAUGACCAAGAUGGUGGUAUGAAACCAGGUUCGUUCCAAAUGGAUCUCGGAGUUGGUUAUGGUAGUGAAGAGUUGGCUGAUCUUCUUGGAGAGGACUGGCUGGAUUGUGCUGAUCGUAGUAUUGCGAAUAAUGGACAGUAUGCUCCAUACGAAAGUGAAUCACAUGAUGGAGUUGGUGGUCGAAGCACAGAUCCCAUGUGUAUGCAGUCACACUCGGAAGUUGGUGUUGGAGAUCAGGUACGAGAAUGUCAUUGA